AUGGCCUUCGUCAACCUGGUGCCCAAACUCUACCGAUCUGUAAUUGAAGACGUAAUUGAAGGUGUGCGGGACCUGUUUGCUGAGGAAGGCAUCGAAGAGCAGGUGUUAAAAGACCUGAAGAAGCUCUGGGAAACGAAAGUUUUACAGUCUAAAGCGACAGAGGACUUCUUCAGAAAUAGUGUCCACUCGCCUCUGUUCACCCUUCAGCUGCCACAUGGUUUACCAACACUGCAAUCAACAGCCUCGUUGCUGAUCCCUGCUGGUAGACCUCUCCCAAGUUUUACACCAGAAGACCUGAAUACCUCCAGCUGUGGCGCAAACUUCACUUUUCCUGGUUAUCCGAUCCACGUCCCAGCAGGUGUGACCCUGCAGACUGCAUCCGGUCACCUUUACAAAGUCAACGUACCGGUCAUGGUGACACAGACUUCGGGAAGACCGGAUGUCCUCCAGCACCCAUUCCCGCCAGUCCUGCAGCAGCUCGGGCCGCCUUCGAUGGUGCAGAGCGGUGUUCCUCCGCUGCACCCGUGCUCUCUGCAAGCUGCUCCCGAGAAGUCCCACAGAAUGGAGCCUCUGCUGCUGCAGCCCACGAUUGUGCACGCAGCACCGGUGGACAGGAAACACUUAGACACCGCGACCACCGAGAGGCGCGGUCUCCCGGCAAGUGAGCCUAAGACCCUGCCCGAAGCUCUGCUGAGGCCGCAGGAUAGCCCUCAGUACAUCAGCCUUCCAGGUGUGGGGUUUGCUCCUCACGUCACCCUGACGGAGCCUGGCCUGGAGCCCAUGCUUGGUGUCUCCGCAAACGUGACUCAGAAUCUUCAUAGUGGUCCUUUUCCCCCGGGCCCCCAGGGCCCUCUCCACCACCACAUGUUGGACACACAGCUUCAUGGCCUCAAAGACAGGAUGUAUGGAUAUGACCCCAUAAAGCAACCGAGGAAAACGGAGGAGCCCAGCAGCCUCCCUGCGUCAGAGAAGAGUUCUUCUUCUGAGAGGGACCUGAAUAUUCAGGUAACUGAUGAUGACAUUAAUGAAAUAAUCCAAAUAGAUGGAACUGGUGACAACUCUUCUACUGAAGAAGGGGGAAGUAUAAGAGAUGUAGACGAGAAUGAAUUCCCAGGGAUCGUGGAUGCCGGUGACCUCAAGGUCCUGGAGGAAGAGGCUGACAGUGUAUCAAAUGAAGACUCCACUGCUAACAGCAGUGACAAUGAGGACCACCAAAUAGACACCAUGGAAGAGGACCCUCUAAAUUCCGGAGAUGAUGUCAGUGAGCAGGAUGUGCCAGACCUGUUUGACACAGAUAAUGUAAUUGUCUGUCAGUAUGAUAAGAUUCAUCGAAGCAAGAACAGAUGGAAAUUCUACUUAAAAGAUGGUGUCAUGUGUUUUGGAGGGAGAGACUAUGUAUUUGCAAAAGCCAUUGGUGAGGCUGAGUGGUAA